AGCAACUGGUGCUUAAGACGCAUUUGCAUCGACAACAGCAAACAACGAGUAAUAUCGCGGUUUCUCGAGGAUUAACGCGCGUUUAAACGCGUCUUUCGGACGUUUCCAGUGGAACUGAGCAAUAUUAUAGAAGUUUUCGUGAGGAGGAAGACUUCUGAGGGACAGAGUGGUUUUGGUGUUUUCUGUGAUACAUAGUUGGCAUGUUGGAUUGUGUGUGCAUGCUGUCUGCUGUAUAACGUCGUCAUAUUCAUCCCACCUGCAUGCUACUUCUGUGUGUCCACCAUUAAUGCCAUCAUGGGCGAAAACUGUGAUAACCCCCCGAUUCUCUCCUCCAAGAAGCGCUGCAGCUGCAAGCGUGAUUCCAGCUCCGAUCCGUGGCGGGAUGUGGAGCGUCUCCGCGCGGCGUUAGAGGUGGAGCGCAGCCGCAACCAUCAGGCCCACCGGCGCUUCUCUCUGGAGUUGCGGAGGCAACGGGAGGAGGCGCGCGAGGAGCGGGAGCGAGCGCUGAGGGAGCUGACCUACCGACACGAGCAGCAGAAGACGCUGGAGCUGCUGAGGCAGCGGGAAGCUCUGGGCCGGGAGCGUGCGGCAGAGGUUCGGCAUCUGUUACGCUGGCGGAGUCAGGAGUUGAAACGUACAGAGAACUUGACGCUCAGGCAGACCCAAGAAGUGCAUUGUCAGCUAGCGGAUGAGAUCGCUGGUAGAUCGGCAUUUCAAGGUCUCAAACUUGGAUGUAAGGGCAACGGGGCGACGUAUCGCAAACUCGAGGAACUCUUAAAGACUCUGCUUGCUCAGUCAGAUGGACGGCAGGUCGCUGUCCUUCAACGUCUCCAGCAGGAAGUGGAAUUAGAGAAGAGCUACUUCCUGUGCCACCUACUGGAAGCCCAUAGCGGGACGUCCCGCGUCUUGAAACGAUCCAGACCGAGGUCGAAGAGUUGCGUGCAUCUCCUCCCGCAAGGCCAAAACCACCCAGAAUCCUGUAAGGAAGGAAAACUCGCUCUAUUCCGGUCUCGUUCGCUAUCUCAGACGUCCCGAAGUGAUUCUCCUCAACCUAUGAAGAAGAAAAAGAAGCAGGAUUGCGAAACAUCUCCUCUCAGCUCAUCUCCAACUGAGGAUGGAGAUCUUCUAGAGGAUUUACCUGAGCCGUGUUCAUCUGAUGAGGGAUUGGAGAAGUGCUCACCAUCCAGAUGUUCAGAGGACAAUAUGGAUGAUCUGGUCUAG